AGUAGUACGCUGUGGCUGGUCCGCAGUAACUAUACAUUGCGAGUGCAGUGUAUGCAUGGUACAAUUACAAUAAUGAGCGGAGCAUUAAGCCAGUGUCGGUCAGUGCUGCUAACCGGGGCGAGCAGGGGCAUCGGUUUGCAAAUGGCUAAAGAUUUGGCUAAAAAGACCGAAAGGCCGGCGCUAAUUAUCGCGACUGCCCGUAACCCAGCGGCUGCAGAGGAACUUCAAAGAGUUGCUAAGGAGUACUCGGGCGUCCACGUUCUAACGCUUGAUGUGACCAGUCAAGCCAGUAUAGAUGCUGCUGUUGAGGAGGUGUCACCUUUGGUGGGGGCAGAGGGGCUGAACUGCCUUAUAAACAAUGCAGCCAUUGGCAAGACUAUCAACCUCAAGACGGUGACAGCUGAAGAGAUGCUGAAGACAUAUGAAAGUAACACUGUGGCCCCUCUCAUGGUCACUAAGGCCUUUUUGCCGCUUCUGCGAGCAGCUGCGACACGUGGCUCUGGGAUGGGGAUCCACAGAGCUGCUGUGAUCAACAUGUCCACUGUUCUUGGUUCCGUCCAACUCAACUUUGGCUCGGUUUUGGGUCCUUUGGCAGAAUUUAAGUGGUAUCCCUAUAAGGUGUCCAAGGCAGCCUUGAACAUGGUGACGAGGUGUCUAGCCGUAGAUCUGGAGUCGGAGGGAAUUCUCUGCGUGGCCGUUCACCCGGGCUGGGUGCGCACUGACAUGGGGGGCCCACGGGCUGACCUGAGUGUGGAGGAGAGUGUUUCUUCAGUCCUGAGUCUGCUUGCUGGAUUGUCUGAAAAGGAUCACGGGGGAUAUCUGGAUUACACAGGGAAGACACUGCCUUGGUGAUAUUUCCUUUGGGACGCUUUGGCUGCAUCCUGCAUCCUCUUUAUUGCAACCUGCUUUAAUGCUGUACCUGUAAUUGUGAAAUAAAUGAAACUGGCUCGA